ACUAAAGUUGAUCUCAUCUCCGUCAUCGAUUUUCCUGAUUUCUCGAAAUGGGAAAGCAAGUCUAAAGUGGAAAUUUCAAAUUUGGUCGAUGAUCGAGCUCCAAUAGCCCGAAGCUUCCCCGUGAAUUUGACCGAGAAGGUCGACGUUCGAGACAAUUAUGUUCAUGAUUGUGUUCCCGGUGAAGAAUGGGACAAAGCUUUGGGAAUUACUGAUUUCAGAGAAAAUGUAGCAGAAUAUAUUAUGGUCUUUAAAGGGAGUAUUUUGAGAGUGAAGCUUAGAAUGCAAGCUCCUGUGUUUAGUAGUUUGAUGUACCAUGCUAGGACUGGGCCUAUUAUGGGCUGUAUGGUGCUUUAA